AUGGCAUACGUUCACCGUUUCACCAACAACUGUCGCAAUGUUCGCCUUAACACCAAGGUUCUUACGAAGAAGGAGCUGAAAAUGGCCGAAAACUCAAUUUUCCGACUAGUUCAGUGGCAAUCCUUUCCUGACGAGAUUAUCACCCUGUCUACAAAUCGUUUCCUCCCGUCAGAGCAACAACGACCGUUAGAGAAAUCCAGCACUAUCUACCAGGUCACACCAAUGCUGGAUGAAUUUGGAGUUCUACGCGUGAACGGCAGAAUCGCGGCAGCGCAAUUUGCUUCAACUGAUGCCAAAUACCCCAUCAUCCUUCCGAGGAAACAUCGACUGGCAGCGCUUCUGGUGGAUCACUAUCAUCGUCAACUCAAGCAUGGCAACAAAGAGACCACAGUCAAUGAGAUUCGUCAACGUUUUCAUAUUCUGGAGCUUCAUCGCUCUUUCGUGAAUUUCAUCACAGCUCGGUGCAAUCUUUGCAAGAUACGGAAAGCACGACCGAGCAUUCCACAGAUGGCUCCACUUCCGCAAGCCAGAUUAUCACCAUUCACCCGUCCAUUCAGCUACGUUGGACUGGACUAUUUUGGUCCCUUUCUUGUGAAAGUUGGGCGUAGUAAAGUGAAAAGGUGGAUUGCGCUCUUCACUUGUCUGACGAUACGAGCCGUCUACCUGGAAAUCGCGAGCAACUUGACAACUGAAUCCUGUGUAGCGUGCGUUCGUCGAUUCGUGUGCCGUAGAGGAUUUCCCGUUGAAAUCCACAGCGAUAACGGCACCAACUUUCAAGGUGCAGAGCGAUUACUACGUGAGCAAAUCAAUACCAAGCUUGCGACUACGUUCACCAGUUCAACAACAGCUUGGCGAUUCAUUCCCCCGGGUGUACCUCACAUGGGCGGCGCCUGGGAGCGAAUGGUCAGAUCCGUGAAAACAGCGCUGACGGCAGCCUAUAACAAUGAAAAACUAGACGAUGAUGCUUUGCACACGAUGAUUGUAGAAGCAGAAUCCAUAGUCAACAGCAGGCCGUUGACCUACCUUCCGCUGGACUCUGCGGAGCAGGAAGCAAUCACCCCUAACCAUUUCCUUCUAGGGAGCUCAGCCGGCGUCAAGCAACCAGUCGUGCAGUACGAAGAUAACAACGCACUCUUGAAGCGAUCGUGGGCCAUGAUCCAAGAACGGCUGAACUCGUUUUGGAAGCGGUGGGUACGGGAGUACUUACCCACACUAACUAGAAGAACGAAAUGGUUUGGCUCGGAGAGGAAUGUUGCAGCAGGGGACCUAGUCAUAAUCAUAGAUGAUACCAGAAGGAACGGAUGGACGCGUGGUCGCGUUUUGGAAGCCAUAACUGCUGCGGAUGGCAGAGUUCGGCAGGCGAUCGUUCAAACGAAUGGAGGUAUACUCAGAAGACCGGUCUCCAAGCUUGCAGUUCUUGAUGUGGCCAAGGAAGAUGGAACCAAGGAGGCUCACUGGUUCCACCGGGGGGAGAAUGAUGCCACAAAGACAGACCAGCUGGGAGCCCGGCCACGCAACCGAGCAUUGAAGCUGCGUUCUUCAUGCGUGACGGUAGGACUAACUGUCAACGAUGACAAAAGAAACGACGAACAAUGA